AUGGGUGUUCGAACCGGACCAUCAUCACAAUGGGCUGGAGACCGCCAGAUACGCUACUUGCUUACCAGUUUGUUUGCUUAUCAGCAAAUCGUUUUCGUCUUGAAACUUGUGUAUUCCUUGGUUACACACGAGGAAAACGUACUGAAGAUCGUUCUGGAAGGCUUGAUGAGUGCGAGCUUUUUCUUCGCGGGCUUGAAAGUGCUGUCGUUGGUGCUUUUUAGGGAACAGAUAGCCAACAUAAGAAACUUCAUCACCAGUAAUCGAGUCAACUCGUGUGACAAACACUACGAUCAACUGGAGCACAAUAGGUUCAACCAGUCUGUUAAGACCUUGCUGCACGUCAUAUUUAUUCUGAUAAUCGUCAAUGUGGUUUUCCUAUCGGUUCCGAAUUCUACAACGGAUAGCCUUCUUCGGAUGCCUCCUUUCAUGACCAUGCUUGGACCGAAUGCAACACAUGUUUUGUACUUUUGCUUCGUUAAAUUGAUGGCAUUGGGUAUUCUUCCUAGAUACUUCAGCAGUAUGGCUUGCAUCGGUACAUUGCUUAUGGGUAUGCGGACGAACCUGAGGAUUUUGGGACAUCGCUAUAGGCAAAUGUUGCAUCAACCGAAUCAAACAGUCGAAAAGUACUUUGAAAAUUUGAAUCACGAGGUGCGAACUGCUUUGAAUCAACAGUUGCAGUAUUGGAGCCACCUGCGAACAUUGAAGGAUUUGACUGGCAAAUCAUUUUUCCUGGUGCAUUACUUUGCAGUCUGUAGCGUUGGAACCAUGCUGUACGUAGCCAAACAUCUCGGAAUGAAUUUCUUGGCAGCAGCCUUUCUGGCAACUUGCUCGGUGUUGAUAAUGGAGUACUUUCUUUGGUGCCAUUUGGUGGAUUCGCUCCAGGACGAGGCAAAUUAUAUUGGCGGUGUUCUGUUUGAAUUGUGUGCCCGGUUACGGUACAGCCGAACUUGUCACUCGCAGCAUGUCCGGAUGCGAUCGUCACUGCUAAUCACGAGAAUGAACACAAUCAACGGGUUGUCUAUGAACUGUCUGGGAUUGUAUAAAAUUUCGACGGAGCAGUUUGUUGAAUUCAUGAAUACUGCUUACUUCAUGCUGAUGUUUCUUUUCAACAUGUCUGAUUGAGGUGUUGUUAGAUUGACCUAAUGCCGAUGACAUACUGACGCGUGUGCGUACGGGAACGCGUUCAAGACAAAAGAAUUCCUCUUGCUGAUAUUCUGCUUAACGAACGCUUGGACGCGCUCCGCAUCGCUUGACGCGUUACCAUGACAGCGCACUAAGCUUUAUGAAUUUAGACGAUUAAUAGG